AGUGAUUCGCUUAGCUUUUGCCAACAGAAAAUGAGGGAGCAUAUUCAACAGAUAAACUUCCAUUACAGACAAAAAAGGUAAUUUCAAGAAAUAAUUCAAGAGUUGUCUCUAUGUCAUUCUGCCUUCAGUGCCUUGCAUGAUGACAAGCUUGAAGCAGCAUACAGGCAGGUCCUAACCUACGACUCCUAGGAUGUAACCCGGAAAGCCUAUCGGAAAAGACAUUCAGAGUAGACACUAAACCAAAAUAUCGUAACGGAAGGCAGCCAAUAUGAAUGAUGACGAUAACGUUGAAGCCAGAAGCCAGAUACAACAAGCCACCAUCAUUUUCACUGCUUGAAUAAAUUAAUCGGACUCCCAUGUCUCGACUCCUAGAAUCAUCCUGUCCUCUAUUGACAUUUCACUCCCUCUCCCCCACUCACCCUGCUCCCAUGGAAAACCCUAUAAAAGCCACCUUUGCCGCCAUUAACAUCAUAAGCAUGGAUUGCAAAGAUAUGGAGGAAAAUGGGACGAAAACAAGGAGCCUUCGUUCUGAAGACUACUACAAUAGAAGGGUGUUCUUGAGAAGCUAUCCUCUUCAUUUUGGAGCAGGAGAUGAGAAAACCAAUGAAGAGAAGGUCAGCGCCACAAACAAGGAUACUGAGAAGAAACCCAUCAGGAGGAUGUUCUUAGCAGUGAUUCACUGGGGUGAAGGAAAGGUUCUAUUAUUGAGGAAAUUUAAGCAUAAGCUCCAGGUUUAUAUCAUAGCUUGUAUGCCCAUCAGCUUCAAGCCCCCUACAGCACGAAUUUCUAUUUAAAUCCAGCAUUUUCUGUUUUGUCUUCUUCAAAACUGUACUGUUCGCAUAAAAUAUAUAACAUGCAUGCAACAAGUUACAUAUA